AGAAGAUUUUCUGAGCGGAGGAUCACAUCGCUCGAACUUUGCCUAGCGUCAGGUCAGCCCAUUAUUACCUCCUGAACUAUGGGCCGCACACGAGAGAUUCGCACAUUUUGUGGCAUCGAAGAGUUGGCAUAUAUGAACCAACUUACAAAAGCAGUGUUUGCCGAGUUUUUGGGUACGGCAAUUCUGGUACUAGUAGGAUGCGGUUCCUGUGUUGCUGGCUGGGACGAAACGUAUUCCCCAACUAUUGUUCAGAUAUCUUUAGCCUUUGGUGUUACAGUAGCCACUGUAGCCCAAUGCAUUGGAGGGGUCAGCGGAGGUCACAUAAAUCCAGCUGUCACUUGCGCCAUGAUGGUAACUGGACGGUGCACAGUUCUCCGAUCUGUACUUUACAUUGUGGGGCAAUGUACAGGAGCUGUUGCAGGGGCUGCUGUCCUAAAAGGCUUGACCCCCGAAGCCCAGCGAGGAACUCUUGGUUCGACGCAAGUUCAUUCUGGGCUCAACUCAGUUCAAGGCGCUGGUGUUGAAUUUUGCAUCACUUUCAUCCUGGUGCUCACCGUCUUCGCUGUCUGCGAUGAAAAUCGGCUAGAUGUUCAAGGAUCAGUUCCUCUGGCAAUCGGAUUUUCCGUUGCGGCUUGUCAUUGUUUUGCGAUACGUUACACUGGAUCAAGUAUGAAUACAGCACGUUCAUUCGGUCCUGCAGUGAUAACUGGCCUGUGGUUAAAUCACUGGGUGUACUGGGUAGGACCAAUUUUAGGUGGAGUGACAGCAGGUCUUCUUUAUCAGCAUUUCUUUUCUUGCCCACCGCCUGAUGCAGACGCUUUGGAAAAAAUGAAGCUGCACUGUCUCCUAAGAAUGAAAGACAAAGAGCUCAUCACUGAUCGCACCACUUGCAUUUAAAAAUCUGCAUGGGUUUUUGAUCUCAACCAUUUUUAUGAAGAAAAGUUUUCAAUUGUCUUAUUUAUAUGUCUGUAGCAUUUGUGUAUUUCAAUGUCUCAUUAGCAUUUGAUACAUAUUUUUUUCUUUUCAUUUUGACCCUUCAAUCUGGAGAAAUCCUUUGUAAUGAUCUAUUUUCAUGUUUGACUGUUUUAAGAUGUGUGGAUGGUGAAAUGUAUUGUUCUUCCUAGUGCUGUUUAAUAUUUGUAUUUGUGUACGUUUUCUUUGAUCUUUAAGGAAAUAAAAAUGAAAUUUACUUAAA